GUUAUGGGCAAGUCAGAAAGCCAGAUGGAUAUAACUGAAAUGAAUACUCCAAACCCAGUUAAGAAACUGCGAUGGAGUCGCCUGGAAAUAGGGCUAGCUGUUGUAGUGGUUCUGCUAGCUAUUGUAGCGAUCACAAUGAUAGUUCUGUAUGCAACAUAUGACGAUGGGGUUUGCAAAACAUCAGACUGUAUACAAUCAGCAGCCCGAAUCCUUGAGAACAUGGACACCACUGCAGAGCCUUGUAAUGAUUUUUACCAAUAUGCCUGUGGAGGAUGGCUUAAGAGGAACGUCAUUCCAGAAACCAGCUCCCGUUAUAGCAACUUUGACAUUUUAAGAGACGAACUAGAAGUUGUUUUAAAAGAUGUCCUCGACAGACCAAGCAGUAACGAUAUAACAGCAGUGCAGAAGGCAAAAACCCUGUACAGAUCAUGCAUAAAUGAAACUACCAUUGAUAGCCGAGGUGGAAGGCCUUUAAUCAAUUUAUUGCCAAAAGUAUCUGACUGGCCUGUAGCAACAAGUAACUGGGAUUCUUCCUAUGGUACUGCUUGGACAGCUGAGACAGCUAUUGCACAGCUGAACUCCAGAUAUGGGAAAAAGGUCCUUAUUAAUUUUUUUGUUGGCACAGAUGAUAAAAAUUCCACAGCACAUAUCAUUCAUAUUGAUCAGCCUGGGCUUGGCCUGCCUUCUCGUGACUAUUACGAAUGCACUGGUGCAUACCAAGAGGCAUGUUCUGCCUAUGUUGAUUUCAUGAUUUCUGUAGCUAAACUAAUCCUACAAGAAAGAAAUAUUUCUUUCAACGAGAGCCAGAUUUCUGAACAAAUGAAAAGAGUUAUGGACCUGGAGAAAGAGAUUGCCAAUGCAACAACAAAACCUGAAGACAGAAAUGAUCCACUUUUGCUGUACAAUAAAAUGACCUUGGCACAACUCCAAAACAACUUCUCAUUGGAAAUCGAUCAUAAGGUAUUCAGCUGGUCAAAAUUCAUAAAUGACAUAAUGUCAACCGUACAAAUUAAAGUUGAGAACACCGAACACGUCAUUGUUUAUGAUCCAGAAUACCUUAUCAGGCUGAAGUCUAUUCUUAAUAAAUACACUCCCAGAGACCUUCAAAAUUACAUGGUCUGGCGAUUCAUAAUGGAUCUUGUCAACAGCCUAAGCCGUGACUACAAGGACACAAGGAACGCUUUUCGUAAGGCACUUUAUGGCACAACAUCAGAAACUGCUGUUUGGCGGCGUUGCGCAAACUAUGUCAAUGGCAACAUGGAGAAUGCAGCAGGACGAUUAUACGUAGAGGAAGCAUUUGCUGGAGACAGUAAACAUGUGGUUGAGGAAAUGAUUGCAGAUAUACGUGAUGUUUUUAUAAAAACCUUAGAUGAACUUACCUGGAUGGAUGCAGAAACCAAAAAGAAAGCAGAACAAAAAGCAAGAGCAAUUAGAGAGAGGAUUGGUUAUCCAGAUGAGAUCGUGACUGAUGACAAUAAGCUGAACAGCGAGUACCAGGAGUUGAACUACAAAGAAGAAGAAUACUUCGAAAACAUUAUUCAAAAUUUAGUAUUUACCCAGAAGAAAAGGUUGAAAAAGCUUAGAGAAAAGGUGGACAAAGAGGAGUGGAUAAGUGGAGCUGCUGUUGUCAAUGCUUUUUAUUCAGCAAGCAGAAAUCAGAUAGUCUUCCCUGCUGGCAUUUUGCAGCCCCCUUUCUUCAGUGCAUCCCAGCCCAAAUCUCUGAAUUAUGGUGGCAUAGGCAUGGUCAUCGGUCAUGAAAUCACACAUGGUUUUGAUGACAACGGCAGAAAUUUUAAUGAGAAUGGAGACCUCGUAGACUGGUGGACUGAAGAAUCGGCACGCAAUUUUAAGGAGCUAUCCCAGUGUAUGGUGUACCAGUAUGGAAACUUUUCAUGGGACCUAGCAGGCGGACAGCAUCUGAGUGGAAUCAACACACUAGGAGAAAACAUUGCUGAUAAUGGGGGUAUUAGACAAGCAUAUAAGGCCUAUGAAAACUUUGUGAAAAAGCAUGGAAAAGAAAAACUCCUUCCUGGUCUUAAAAUGAACCAUAAGCAGCUGUUUUUUCUGAACUUCGCACAGGUAUGGUGUGGAACGUACAGACCAGAAUAUGCAGUGAACUCCAUCAAAACUGACGUGCACAGCCCAGGCAAAUUCAGGGUCAUAGGAUCAUUGCAAAACUCUCCGGAGUUCUCUGAAGCCUUUUCAUGCACCAAGACAAACUACAUGGAUCCUGCUAAAAAGUGCCGAGUUUGGUGACGGAACUGUAAACCUUGCAUCUCGAGAAGCUUUCCAGAAAAAGAGAAAUUUUGAACUAAUUUUGAGCAGGGGAGGAGGGAAGAAAACUGAGGGAAAUAUGCUAGAGUAGUCACUGUAAUUCUUAAUAAACAGGCAAAAA